AUGAGUGUAAGGAGAUUAACAACGUUGUCUACAGUACUUUGGUGCGUUGUAGUGGUUCACCAUUAUGUAGCUGGACACCGAACAGAGACUUGUACUACCGUUCCCAUGCGAUUCGUGAUUGGUUCCGCCGGAUGCGAUAGCAAAGCUAUAAUGGUUCCAAGCUGUAGAGGAUCUUGCCGAUCACGAAUGGUACCGUUUUGGGACAACCCAACUGGUGAACUUGUGCGUAGAGACGACUGUACUUGCUGCGCGCCCCUACAGGCUAAGGCUGGUGUGGUAACUCUACGUUGCCCAGGCAUGGAACAGGGAAGGAAAAUGGUCAGACUUGCUCUUCCUAUGGAUUGCGCAUGCCGUCCUUGUUCUGGUAUAGACAAUUCGGAUGACGGCAGAUACACAACGUUGUAA